UGAGCCCUCUCCCCUUGGCUCCGCCCCCGCGUGAUCACGCCCCAUCACCACCCCCUAGUAGCCACGCCCCUCUCGCCUCUCCUCCAAUAAUCACUCUCCUUUUGACCACGCCCCCACGUGACCACGCCCCUCCCGUCUCUCCACCAAUGAUCAAACUCCGCUUUGACUCCGCCCCCACGUGACCACGCCCCUCCCGUCUCUCCACCAAUGAUCACUCUCCCCUUGGACUCCGCCCCCUCAAUGAUCGCUCCUCUCCCCGGCCCCGCCCCCUCGUGUCCCCGCCCCUUCCGGUCCCGGGGAGGCGCUUCCGGGUGAGAGGGGAGAAGAUGUCUGCGCCCAUGGAGUUGUACUGCUGGCCCGGGGGCUGGGGGUUGCCCUCUGUGGACCUGGACAGCCUGGCCGUGCUGACCUACGCCCGUUUCACCGGGGCGCCCCUCAAGGUGCACAAGAUUGCCAACCCCUGGAGGAGCCCGUCAGGCACCCUGCCCGCCCUGAAGACCGGCGACUCCGGCGUCAUCUCCCGGCCGCACGGCAUCAUCACGCACCUGCGCAGACAGAAAUACAACGCCGACUACGACCUGUCGGCCCGGCAGGGAGCGGACACCCUGGCCUUCGUGUCCCUGCUGGAGGAGAAGCUGCUCCCCGUGCUGCUGCACACGUUCUGGGCGGACGGCCGGAACUACGUGGAGCUGACCCGGCCGUGGUACGCGGGGGCCGCCCCCUUCCCCCUCAACCUCUUCCUGCCCGGGCGGCUGCAGCGACGGAACCUCCGACGGCUCCAGGGGCUCCGCGGGGAGCGGGACGGCCGGGACGAGGAGGAGCCGGAGAAGGAGCUGUACCGGGAAGCCCGCGAGUGUCUGACGCUCCUGUCCCAGAGGCUCGGCCGCCGGCAGUUCUUCUUUGGAGACUCGCCGGCCUCCCUGGACGCCUUCGUGUUCAGCCACGUGGCGCUGCUGCUGCACGUCCAGCUGCCCAGCGGGAAACUGCAGGCCCACGUGAGGACCCUGACCAACCUGACCGCCUUCUGCACCCGCAUCCUGCGCCUCUACUUCGCCCGGGACCCAGGGGAGUUCCAGCCGGCGGCCCCCGCGGCCCCCUCGGGCGGGGAAGAGCCGCCGUUCGGCCGGCGGGGGCAGGUGCUGGCGGCGCUGGUGGGCCUGGCGGCCAUGGCGGGCUACGCGCUGCUCAGCGGCAUCGUCUCCGUCCGACGGGCGGCGCCCGCCCGGGCCCCCGGCCCCCGCCCCCUCGCCCUGGCGGACGACGAGGACGAGGACUGAGCGGCGCCGGGACCCCCGCGGGGCUCCGCGUCCGCCCCGGCGGGAAUAAAGCCGCUUUUGCUAUCCCG